AUGGCAGCUGGAAAAACGGAGGAUGAUAUCAUGCCAUGGGCUGAGACAAUCCGCGUGAUGCAUCUUCUAGAUGAGAUCCAGGUUCAGGGAGGCUCAGAAUUCCCGCAAGACUAUACCAGCCUAUUCAAAAUACGCAUAGCCGCCCGAGCUCUCCUACAAAACCACGAUGAGCAGGGACUUUUCAAUUAUGAGCUUCUUGCUAUGCAAUUCGCGCAAUGCUAA